AGGCGCGGGGCACGCCGGGAGCCGUAGUUCCGGCGGGCGCGGGGGAUGCGGCCGCCGCUGGGCCCGGAGCAGCCGUGGGGCAGCGGGGGGGGGGCGCGGCGGCCAUGUCGGAGGGCGGUGCGGAGGCGCCGGGGGGGCUCUACCACGAGCGGCAGCGCCUGGAGCUCUGCGCCGUGCACGCGCUCAACAACGUGCUGCAGCGGCCCUGCUUCACCCGCCAGGCAGCUGACGACAUCUGCAAACGCUUGGCGCCCGACGCCCGCGUCAACCCCCACCGCAGCCUCCUGGGCACCGGCAACUACGACGUCAACGUGAUCAUGGCGGCGCUGCAGAGCCUGGGGCUGGCGGCUGUCUGGUGGGACAAGCGCCGGUCGCUGGAGCGGCUGGCGCCGGCGCGGGCGCUGGGCUUCAUCCUCAACGCGCCGGCGGGCGUCUCGCUGGGUGCCGUGGCGCUGCCGUUGCGGCGGCAGCACUGGCUCGCCGUGCGCCAGCUCCGCGGCACCUACUACAACCUCGACUCCAAGCUCCCGGCGCCCGCCCGCAUCGGCGGCGAGGCCGAGCUCAGGGUUUUCCUCCGCGACUUCCUCUCCCGAGGCCUCUGCGAGCUCUUCAUCGUCGUGCCGAAGGCGGUGGAAGAAGCCGGCACCUGGCUGGAGCCCGAGUGACUCGGGAUUUCACCUGCGAAACCAAAGACAGGCGGAAAAGACAGCGCGACCCCCCAAACUGGGGGGAUCGGCACCGAAAUGGGAUGCCCCCCCACCCCGCACACCCUUCAAUUCGACGCUUCUCCCGAUGGGGAUAAAGGACACGGUGCAAAAGCGGCCGUGUUUUGUGCUUGUUGGCGCCGCGGAGGGACCCGGCUGGCCCGGGAGCUGUUGUCACCCGUCUCCCCGCGCCUGUGUCACCCGUCGGCAGCUCCUAAUCUGCCUGUUUUUGCCUUUUUUGAGGGGCUUGGUUUUCCGGUGUGGGAUUUCCCUGCCUAAAUUUGGAGCUGGCCGCGGGGCGCCGAUGGUGUCGGGGUGUUUUUGAUACGUUACAACGGGCUGCUGGUUGUGUGUGCCGGUUGUGCGUGCCAGUUACGCCCUCCAUGCCGCCUGUGUGCCCUCCGUGCCGCCUGUGCGCCCCAGCUACGCAUGGUACCCCCUUCUCACACACGGCGCAACACCCGCUACACCCACCGCUCGCUCACCUUUCCCCUCGUCACCUCUCCGGCCACUUGGCCCGUUGUUUCCAGCCAUCUCCGGUGCCUCCACGGAGGAAGCAGGUGUAUUUUAAAAGCCAAAAUAUCGGGGAUUUAUAUCGCUAACAACCAUUAUGGGAAACACCAUUAAGGCAGGUUUCCUCAAUGCUGCGACUGUUGGCAGCUCCAGCGACUGUUGGCAGCUCCGUUGGGUGGUAGGUGGCUCCGAAAACAGCCAUUGGGUGAUGAUCGCGGCCGGGUAAUGGGCCAAAGCACUGUGCUGGGUGAUUUUUCCAAGCGCUGCCGGAUUAAUCCGAAACGCAAGUUAAAUAAAACAGGGAUAAAUGGUUUAAA